UAUAUAAGAUAAUGCUUUUAUUGUUUGGAAAUCAACUUAUCUUGGCCUUUCUCUUCUACUACAACAACAACAACAGCCGUGUCGCAGUAACAUUUAAUCCCCUAUUUGGUACGGAAUUGACCAUCCUCCUCUUCGUGGCUAUCACAUCACCAGAAUUAGAACAUCAAUGGUCUUUUCCUAUGAUCUGGUUGAUGCAUGUUUAAGACAAACUUUAAUUCAAUGAGCCGCUAAUCUGCUACUCUUAGCGUCAGCUGGCAGCUGGCAGCUAGCUGACAACUUUGUGCUAUUCAACUCGAAAAGUUUUUGCAAACUUUUAUGGUCCAUUCCAAAACCAUCCAUGUACAAAGAAUCAUGAACUGAUGCUUUUAACUUUUGCCUUCCCCAACUAUUCUAACUUACAAAAGAGUUAAACCGUUGAAGCCAAGGAAGUUGCAGCACAGAACCAGCAAUUUUGCUUCCUGUGAGACAAUGGCUACUUGCUUAUCUCUUUUAUUUCUAUUCCUCAUCACUUCUUCUGUAACACUAACAACACCAGCCAAUUCAUUGCCAGCAUUUUUCCCUCGAGCUACCUAUCAGUCUUUGAUCAAACAAGCCAAGAGUCCAAAACCAAAGUUUCCAUUCAAGACUCACUACUUCCCUCAAACUUUAGACCACUUCACUUUCCAGCCCAAGAGCUCCAAAAUAUUCUACCAAAAGUACCUAAUCAACAGUCAGUACUGGCACAAAGGCGCUCCUAUCUUUCUCUACACUGGCAAUGAAGGAGAUAUUGAGUGGUUUGCUGCUAACACAGGGUUCAUGCUUGACAUUGCUCCCAAGUUCAAAGCUCUUCUUGUCUUCAUUGAACAUAGAUUUUAUGGGGAGUCAAUGCCAUUUGGGAAAGACUCGUACCAGUCAGCGAAGACCUUGGGGUACUUGAAUUCACAGCAAGCCUUGGCUGAUUUUGCAGUUUUGAUAAGGAGCUUGAAGCAGAAUCUGUCUUCUGAAGCAUCCGCUGUCGUGGCCUUCGGUGGGUCUUAUGGAGGAAUGCUUGCAGCGUGGUUUAGACUUAAAUACCCUCAUAUAGCAGUUGGUGCAUUGGCUUCUUCAGCCCCUAUAUUACAGUUUGAUAAGAUAAUCCCAUGGUCAAGCUUCUAUGAUGCUGUUUCCCAGGAUUUCAAGGAUGUAAGCCGGAAUUGCUAUGAAGUGAUAAAGGGGAGCUGGGCAGAACUGGAGGCAAUUUCAACUCAGAAAGAAGCCUUGACUGAACUAAGCAAAGCUUUCAGAACCUGCAAGAGCCUUCAUUCAACUACUUCUGCUCGAGAUUGGCUAUGGGCUGCUUUUGUUUAUACAGCCAUGGUUAAUUAUCCAACUGAGGCAAAUUUCAUGAAGCCAUUACCUGCUUAUCCUGUACAGCAGAUGUGCAAGAUAAUUGAUAAAUUUCCAUCAGGAGCAACAAAGCUUAGUUGUGCUUUCGCAGCUGCAAGCUUAUAUUACAACUAUUCUCAAGCAGAAAAUUGCUUUGAGAUAGAACAAGAAGUUGAUCCCCAUGGCCUUCAUGGUUGGGACUGGCAGACAUGCACAGAGAUGGUUAUGCCAAUGACUCGCUCUAAGGAGAGCAUGUUUCCUCCAUCUGGCUUUGAUUAUGAAGAGUUUGCAGAACAAUGCCAAAUGAAAUAUGGAGUUUUGCCUCGGCCACACUGGAUCACAACCGAAUUUGGUGGCCAAAGAAUUGAGAAAGUAUUGAAGAGAUUUGGUAGCAAUAUCAUAUUUUCCAAUGGAAUGCAGGAUCCAUGGAGCAGAGGAGGUGUGCUGAAAAAUAUAUCUGCCAGUAUCAUUGCUCUUGUCACAGAAAAAGGAGCUCACCAUGUUGAUUUCCGGUCUGCAACAAAAGAAGAUCCUGACUGGCUUACUGAACUGAGGAGGCAAGAAGUUGAGAUCAUCCAGAAGUGGUUAAAUGAAUACCAUGCAGAUCUCAGACAUGCAUCGACAGAAGUUUUGGUGUAAAACCUUGGCAAUUUGGAUCGAUCAAUGUUUUGAAACUUUUCUUUCUGUAAUCUAAUUUUAGGGUCUUACUCAGGCUGAUAUAGAAACUAGCCAUUUAUCUGACAGAGCUAUGUUCUCUCAAUCUUAGAAAACUUUGUAAAACUAUUGCAUUCCAGCUUUUCCAAGCCAUCCAGGAUUGACUUGAUUUACUAGACCCAAAAUUGUAUUGCUACAGGCUACAGGCUACUUGGAAGAAAUACGUUAACGGUUAUGAGUUGUGCCAUGGCCUUCUUUAAUUGUGGGGCCUGAUGACACCGACACAAACACGUGUUGGGUGUUCCCUUUUAAUCUCUAUUUCAAACGCCAUCUCAUAUUCUCAGCAUCCCAAAAUCUUCAUUUGGGCAGAGGCAUUCGAUGAUUCUUGCUUUUUCCUUUUUCU